UCGGUAGUUCCGCUUCCCCUCCGCCAUAGCGGAGUCGUCCCGGGGCCGCGGAGACACCAGAAAAGUUGCUUUGUAAAUAGUUAAAGUCACGUUUUUACUCCGUUAUUGUAGUUAUUUUUUGGACCACCGCAGCCCCAUAUAACAAAGGAAGUACUUUCACAGGAUAAACAAACGUUUUCCACAGCGUCGAGGAGCGUAGUGAUAAAGUUGUGUUGAAGUUGAGCUGCUGUGGAGCCUCCGGUAACCCUUGGUGCUUCCUCUGCUCUGCUGUCGUUAAAUCCUCCUGCAGCACAUGAGCACAGCAGUGCUUCAUGCUGACGUGAGCCCUGCCUCGCUCCCUCUCUGUUUGUUGCCCUCUCCUUCCUCGCCCGCAGCCCUCUCAGCCCUGUGAGCCUCACAGACACCUCCAGUGAUGUGUGAUAACGGUGACCCUGAGGAUAAACCCCCCGCCCCCCCGGUCAGGAUGAGCAGCACCAUCUUCAGCACCGGCUCCGGGAAAGACUCGCUCUCAGCCAAUCACAGCUCCAAACCGUUGCCGUCUGUGCCCGAGGAGAGAAAACCUCGCAACAAGAUCAUCUCAAUCUUCUCCGGGGCAGAAAAAGGUGGUAGAAAGAAAGACAGAGACAAGGAACGACCAGAGAUCUCACCGCCGUCAGACUUUGAACACACCAUACAUGUGGGCUUCGAUGCUGUCACAGGAGAGUUCACUGGUAUGCCGGAGCAAUGGGCUCGACUAUUGCAGACCUCAAACAUCACCAAGUCGGAGCAGAAGAAGAACCCGCAGGCAGUGCUCGACGUUCUCAAGUUCUACGACUCUACGGGCAACGGCCGCCAGAAGUACCUCAGCUUCUCCUCUUCAGAAAAAGACGCGUUCAGUCCCGGGCCUCAGUCUCCGGCCAAAAAAGGAACUGAACCGUCCUCUCCGAACAUCAAAGACAUCGAUGAUGAUGACGAUGAUGAAGCUCCUCCUCCCAUCGUGGCUCCCAGACCAGAACACACAAAGAGCGUGUACACCCGCUCUGUCAUCGACCCCCUCCCCGCUCCGAGCACAGUCGUGGACGGAGACGUCGCCUCGAAGGCUGCAGACAGACAGAAGAAGAAGGGCAAGAUGUCGGAUGAGGAGAUCAUGGACAGACUGAGAACCAUCGUCAGCAUCGGAGAUCCCAAGAAGAAAUACACCAGAUAUGAAAAAAUCGGUCAGGGGGCAUCAGGAACCGUUUUCACAGCUAUCGAUGUGGCCACAGGACAAGAGGUGGCCAUUAAACAGAUCAACCUGCAGAAGCAGCCGAAGAAGGAGCUGAUCAUCAACGAGAUUCUGGUGAUGAAGGAGCUAAAGAACCCCAACAUCGUCAACUUUUUAGACAGUUUCCUGAUGGGCGAGGAGCUGUUUGUGGUGAUGGAGUAUCUUGCUGGAGGCUCUCUGACAGACGUGGUCACAGAGACCUGUAUGGACGAGGCUCAGAUAGCUGCUGUCUGCAGAGAGUGUCUACAGGCGCUGGAAUUCCUGCAUGCGAACCAGGUCAUCCACAGAGACAUCAAGAGUGACAACGUGUUGUUGGGGAUGGACGGCUCCGUCAAGCUGACCGAUUUUGGCUUCUGUGCCCAGAUCACUCCCGAGCAGAGCAAACGCAGUACCAUGGUGGGCACGCCGUACUGGAUGGCUCCUGAGGUGGUGACCAGGAAGGCUUACGGGCCUAAAGUGGACAUCUGGUCUCUGGGAAUCAUGGCUAUCGAGAUGGUGGAAGGAGAACCUCCGUACCUGAAUGAGAACCCGCUCCGAGCGUUAUAUCUGAUCGCCACUAACGGCACACCUGAGCUGCAGAACCCUGAGAAGCUGUCUCCGGUCUUCAGAGAUUUCCUCAACCGUUGCUUGGAGAUGGAUGUAGAGAAAAGAGGCGGAGGAAAGGAGCUGCUGCAGCAUCCGUUCCUGAAGCUGGCGAAGCCGCUGUCCAGCCUCACGCCGCUCAUCCUGGCAGCAAAGGAGGCCAUGAAGGGCAAUCGUUAGCGGAUGAGACGAGCUCCCUGCCUUCCCAUGCUGUGCACUGAUGACGUGCCAACCAUUUAGAUUUAUGUACCAGACAAUAGGCUAAGAGUGACUCUCCACUCUUGAUGCAGCAGCCUUAGCAGCCCUGACAAACCUCACUGUGAAGAAGACCAAAAAUCUUGAGCACAACUCCACCGCUGUCCACAUGAACUCUACUCUCUGUCAUACGUCAGAAGACAAGUCAAACUAAAGUGCUUCGAGUCCAGCGUAGUUCUUUUCUACAACAGAUCUUCGGUUGACACGUCGGGGCUAGGCUUGUAUUUAACUUGGAAUGAAGGAGACGCCUAGUUCUGUUUAGUUUUUUUUAAUCAACUGCCUUAAAAACAAAUGCAAAAUGUUGCCUAAUGUAUUGUUGAUUGUGUCAAUGUUUCUCUUCCCAUGAUUUUUACUACCUUUGUAAUUUCAGCUCGUCAGUGUCUUAGUUAUUUUGAUACUUGAAUUUUCAUACGUGUCCGCCUCCUUGUCAUGUAGUUCUUCUCGUCGCGAUUUCAACAUGUUUUACGGACAUUUCCUCUUCCCAGUUUUAUAGGAAACUUUUCAGUACAUUCUUCAUUAUGAACAUGUGCUGUGAUGGUGUUUGAGCUGACACUCCUACUGUACCAGCUCCUGUUGUCAUUAGUCUCCUGAUACCAGUGGUGCACCUUACAGGCAAAUGAAGAUGUUAGAUGACAGGGUUUAUACUUUCUUCUCUAUUGUUGUUAUUAAAAGUGAGUAUUGUUUGUC